AUGAACCAAUCCCGCGGACAGGCACACCCCUCCGGAUGCCUGCCGUUCCAGUUUAAAGGCCCCGCCAUCCGUCAGCGCGUCACUCGCGCCGGUUUCCCGACGGGAGUGCCGCAAAGCGUUCCGUCCGCCCUCGCGAAGCUUGGGCACACUCCUCUUCACUAUGGGGUACAGCAGCCAAUGGGGCCACCGCGUAUUCUUGAGGACGUGGAUAUCCGCUCCAGACGAUAUUUUUUCUUGAUCCGAGCAAUGGAGGAUGUCCCGCUUCCGGCCAGCAUCGAUGAGCACGUCUUCGCGCUCGAGGCUUAG